CCCUUCUCUCAAUCUUUGCCUGUAUCUUCUCACUCUCUUCCUUAUCCCUUCCAAUAUAAUUAAUAUUAUCCAUUGUCUCAUGCCUCAGCCCUUCUCUCACAUUUUGCCUGUAUCUUCUCAUUCCUUCCCUUAUCUGUUUCAAUAUAAUGAAUAUUCUACAUUAUCUCAUAUCUCAGCCCUUCUCUUUGCCUCUCAGCCACUCUUUGCCUGUAUCUUCCUAUUCUCUCCCUUAUCCUUUCUAGGAUUAUUCAUUAUUUCAUGUCUUUACUAUCUCUUGUUUUUUUUUCUUUAUCUUCUCAUUCUAUCCCUUAUCCUUUCCAAUAUUAAGUUCACCAAUUAUCUCUUGCCUCUGUUCUUAUCGUACCCUUUAUCCAUAUUCUCCUUUUAUUAUUUGUCUGUAUCUUCUCAUUCAUUCCCUUAUCCCUUGUACGAUACCGUUCAUAGUAUUUCUUUAUACUCCUUUUCUUUCACCUUCUCUCUCUUUUUCUUUAUUCUCCUUUUCUUUCACCUUCUCUCUCUUUUUCCUUUUUAUCGCAACCCCGAGAAAAUAGGGGCUCGUCCUAAAUAUAGCAUCUACAUCAGCAUCCUCUGCAAUGUCAACCACAAGUACUCUUCCUUCAACCUAGCAUCUACAUCAGCAUCCUCCUGCAAUGUAUCAAACACUAGUCCUCUUCCUUCAGAUAUAGCAUCUACAUCAGCAUCCACUCCUGCAAUGUCAACUACUAGUACUCUUCCUUCCAGAUAUAGCAUCUACAUCAGCAUCCACUCCUGCAAUCAUCUACAUCAGCAUCCCCCUGCAAUGUCAACCACUAGUCCUCUUCCUUCAGAUAUAGCAUCUACAUCAGCAUCCACUCCUGCAAUGUCAACUACUAGUACUCUUCCUUCAGAUAUAGCAUCUACAUCAGCAUCCACUCCUGCAAUGUCAACCACUAGUACUCUUCCUUCAGAUAUAGCAUCUACAUCCAGCAUCCACUCCUGCAAUUACUCUUCCUUCAGAUAUAGCAUCUCAUCAGCAUCCACUCCUGCAAUGUCAACUACUAGUACUCUUCCUUCAGAUAUAGCAUCGACAUCAGCAUCCACUCCUGCAAUGUCAAACACUAGUCCUCUUCCUUCAGAUAUAGCAUCUACAUCAGCAUCCACUCCUGCAAUGUCAACUACUAGUACUCUUCCUUCAGAUAUAGCAUCUACAUCAGCAUCCACUCCUGCAAUGUCAACUACUAGUACUCUUCCUUCAGAUAUAGCAUCUACAUCAGCAUCCACUCCUGCAAUGUCAACCACUAGUACUCUUCCAUCAGAUAUAGCAUCUACAUCAGCAUCCACUCCUGCAAUAUAUAGCAUCUACAUCAGCAUCCCUCCUGCAAUGUCAACCACUGUUACUCUUCCUUCAGAUAUAGCAUCUCCAUCCACUCCUGCAAUGUCAAACACUAGUCCUCUUCCUUCAGAUAUAGCAUCUACAUCAGCAUCCACUCCUGCAAUGUCAACUACUAGUACUCUUCCUUCAGAUAUAGCAUCUACAUCAGCAUCCACUCCUGCAAUGUCAACUACUAGUACUCUUCCCUUCAGAUAUAGCAUCUACAUCAUCAUCCACUCCUGCAAUUACUCUUCCUUCAGAUAUAGCAUCAGCAUCCCACUCCUGCAAUGUCAACUAUCCUCUUCCUUCAGAUAUAGCAUCUACAACCAUCCACUCCUGCAAUGUCAAACCACUAGUACUCUUCCUUCAGAUAUAGCAUCUACAUCAGCAUCCACUCCUGCAAUGUCAACUACUAGUACUCUUCCUUCAGAUAUAGCAUCUACAUCAGCAUCCACUCCUGCAAUGUCAACCACUAGUACUCUUCCUUCAGAUAUAGCAUCUACAUCAGCAUCCACUCCUGCAAUGUCACCACUACAUCUACAUCACCAUCACUCCUGCAAUGUCAACACUAGUCCUCUUCCUUCAGAUAUAGCAUCUCACAUAGCAUCCACUCCUGCAAUGUCAACUACUAGUCCUCUUCCUUCAGAUAUAGCAUCUACAUCAGCAUCCCUCCCUGCAAUGUCAACUACUAGUACUCUUCCUUCAGAUAUAGCAUCUACAUCAGCAUCCACUCCUGCAAUGUCAACCACUAGUACUCUUCCUUCAGAUAUAGCAUCUACAUCAGCAUCCACUCCUGCAAUGUCAACCACUAGUACUCUUCCUUCAGAUAUAGCAUCAUCACAUCCAGCAUCCGCUCCUGCAAUGUCAACAUCAGCACUAUGUACUCUUCCUUCAGAUAUAGCAUCUACAUCAGCAUCCACUCCUGCAAUGUCAAACACUAGUCCUCUUCCUUCAGAUAUAGCAUCUACAUCAGCAUCCACUCCUGCAAUGUCAAACACUAGUACUCUUCCUUCAGAUAUAGCAUCUACAUCAUCAGCAUCCACUCCUGCAAUGUCAACUACUAGUACUCUUCCUUCAGAUAUAGCAUCUACAUCAGCAUCCACUCCUGCAAUGUCAACCACUAAUAUAGCAUCUACAUCAGCAUCCACUCCUGCAAUGUCAACCACUAGUACUCUUCCUUCAGAUAUAGCAUCUACAUCAGCAUCCCUCCUGCAAUGUCAAACACUCAGUCCUCUUCCUUCAGAUAUAGCAUCUACAUCAGCAUCCACUCCUGCAAUGUCAACCACUAGUACUCUUCCUUCAGAUAUAGCAUCUACAUCAGCAUCCACUCCUGCAAUGUCAACCACUAGUCCUCUUCCUUCAGAUCUAGCAUCUACAUCAGCAUCUCCUGCAAUAUAUAGCAUCUACAUCAGCAUCCCUCCUGCAAUGUCAACCACUAGUACUCUUCCUUCAGAUAUAGCAUCCACAUCAGCAUCCACUCCUGCAAUGUCAGCCACCAAUAUAGCAUCUACAUCAACAUCCACUCCUGCAAUGUCAACCACUAGUCCUCUUCCUUCAGAUAUAGCAUCUACAUCAGCAUCCACUCCUGCAAUGUCAACCACUAGUACUCUUCCUUCAGAUAUAGCAUCUACAUCAGCAUCCACUCCUGCAAUGUCGGCCACUGGUACUCUUCCUUCAGAUAUAGCAUCUACAUCAGCAUCCACUCCUGCAAUGUCAACCACUAGUACUCUUCCUUCCAUCUACAUCGGCAUCCACUCCUGCAAUUACUCUUCCUUCCAGAUCCACAUCUACAUCCAGCAUCCCACUCCUGCAAUGUCAAACACUAGUCCUCUUCCUUCAGAUAUAGCAUCUACACUGGCAUCCACUCCUGCAAUGUCAACCACUAGUACUCUUCCUUCAGAUAUAGCAUCUACAUCACAUCCCUCCUGCAAUGUCAAACACCAAUAUAGCAUCUACAUCAGCAUCCACUCUGCAAUGUCAACCACUAGUCCUCUUCCUUCAGAUAUAGCAUCUACAUCAGCAUCCACUCCUGCAAUGUCAACUACUAGUACUCUUCCUUCAGAUAUAGCAUCUACAUCAGCAUCCACUCCUGCAAUGUCAACCACUAGUCCCUCUUCCUUGAAUACUAGCCUCUACAUCAGCAUCCACUCCUGCAAUCAUCUACAUCAGCAUCCUCUGCAAAUGUCAGUUACUAGUCCUCUUUCCUUCAGAUAUAGCAUCUACAUCAGCAUCCACUCCUGCAAUGUCAACCACCAGUCUCUUCCUUCAGAUCUAGCAUCUACAUCAGCAUCCACUCCCGCAAUAUAUAGCAUCCACAUCCAGCAUCCACUCCUGCAAUGUUCCCUUCCUUCAGAUCCAUCUACAUCAGCAUCCACCCUGCCUUCAGACCAGUCCUCUUCCUUCGAUUCAGCAUCAUCAGCAUCCCUCCUGCAAAUGUCAGCCACUAGUCCUCUUCCUUCAGAUAUAACAUUUACAUCAGCAUCCACUCCUGCAAUAUCUAGCAUCUACAUCAGCAUCCCACAUCCUGCAAUGUCAGCCAUUACAGAUAUAAAGUCUCUUCCUUCAAAUAUAGCAUCUACAUCAGCAUCCACUCCUGCAAUGUCAACCACUAGUCCUCUUCCUUCAGAUAUAGCAUCUACAUCAGCAUCCACUCCUGCAAUGUCAGCCCAUCAGUCCUCUUCCUUCAGAUAUAGCAUCUACAUCAGCAUCCCUCCCUGCAAUGUCAACCACUAG